AGGAUCUAAACCCCUUUCCUUUUCUCCCCAUCCCUCCCUUUCAAAAAUCUUUUGAACACAUAAGGUCCUUUUUCUGCAGUAUCAGAUUCUCCAUUGCGCAACCUCGACACGCACCUACACCUUAGGAUUUUUGAAAAUUAAGACGGGAGUCUAGUAAAUAUAAUUAAUAUCAAUAGUGAUAAUAUUAAUAGUUGGAGAUGUGAUUAGUGAUAUGAUUAAUAAUCGAAAUGGCGAGGGACGGUUACGUGGUCCCUGCCGAUCCUCAGGUUGCAGCCGCUACUGCAGCAGCCGCCGUGAAAAAGAAAACGCAACCGGCGAGGAGUUGGAUUCUUGUUGAUGCUUCUGGCCAAGGCACAAUUCUUGAUGCCGAUAAACACGCGAUCAUGCAUCGCGUUCAGAUUCACGCGCGUGAUCUUAGGAUUCUUGAUCCUUUGCUUUCUUAUCCUUCUACUAUUCUUGGCCGUGAAGGAGCCAUCGUUUUGAACUUGGAGCAUAUAAAGGCGAUUAUUACUUCUGAGGAGGUAUUGCUUCGUGAUCCAUUGGAUGAAAAUGUUAUCCCAGUUGUUGAGGAACUUCAACGGCGAUUACCUCCUCCAAAUCUCCUUCCUUCAGGCCAAGCGGAUGGGAGAGAGUACCCUAAUGGCCAAAAUGAUGCUGAAGCCGGUGAAGAGGAUGAGUCUCCAUUUGAAUUCCGGGCAUUGGAGGUAGCUUUGGAAGCCAUCUGUAGUUUUCUAGCUGCACGAACUACUGAACUAGAGACUGCUGCUUAUCCUGCUUUGGAUGAGCUUACCUCCAAAAUUAGCAGCCGUAACUUGGAUAGAGUUCGUAAAUUGAAGAGUGCAAUGACGCGAUUAACAGCUCGGGUUCAGAAGGUAAGAGACGAACUUGAGCAGCUAUUGGAUGAUGAUGAUGAUAUGGCUGAUCUUUACUUGUCUAGAAAGUUGUUUGGUGCAUCCCCAGUUAGUGGAUCAGGUCAAGCCAAUUGGUUUUCUGCCUCCCCCACCAUCGGUUCAAAAAUUUCUAGGGCAAGUAGGGCUAGUCUAGCAACAGUUCGUGGAGAUGAGAAUGAUGUUGAGGAGCUGGAAAUGCUACUAGAGGCCUAUUUUAUGCAAAUUGAUAGCACAUUGAACAAAUUGACUACGUUGCGUGAAUAUAUUGAUGACACAGAAGAUUACAUUAAUAUUCAGCUCGACAAUCAUCGAAAUCAGCUAAUUCAGGUGCUUUUUUUUUGGAUUCCUUCUAGAACUCUUUCUAAGUGCAGGAACUGUUUGUUUAUCCUUCUAUUCUUUGGUGGCUGGUAUAUUUGGCAUGAACAUCCCGUAUACAUGGAAUGAUAACUACGGUUACAUGUUUAAAUGGGUAGUUAUUGUAACCGGAGCUUGUUGUGCAGCUAUGUUCAUACUAAUUAUGUCCUAUGCUCGCUACAAAGGCCUGGUUGGAUCUUGAACUCAUCUAUCUGUUCCCUUAAUGGAAAAAACAUGGAGAUUUUUGCCAGGGAGGUAUUAUAGCCUUUUAAGUCGCAUCUUCCAUCUCUUGGUGGCUGCCUCUGCAUUCAUAAAAUUUCAGGUCAGCAUUCACUGAAGGAAGAGGAUAAGAGAAUCGUAUAGGUUGCAAAGGCCUGAUUAAUUGUUUCAGGCACCAAUACUGAUAACUGUAAAACAAAAUGAGAUAAAUAUACUUUUCAGUUUCUUUUAUAUAGUCCAUUAUUUUUCCUUUGAUUCUGAUAGGGCAAGAAGAUGGUGCUUUUUAAUUAAAUUGAUCUGUAACCAUUACCGUAUUCUUCUAACAACAAUGGUUGUCAUUUGAAACAAAGGAAAAAUAUAUAUGCAAUUCAUUGAAAUUAUUUUUGGUAAA